GGCGGGCCCCGCGGAGGCAGCUGGGAGAGUUGGAAGCUUGGCGGCAGCGGGACCGGGCGAGCAACGAGAGCUGAGCGGUGGUCCCCAGGCCCAUGCAGGACGCAGAGAACGUGGCGGUGCCCGAAGCGGCGGAGCAGCGGGCUGAGCCGGAGCAGCAGGCCGCCGAGGAGGAACCGGAGCGGCCUGCUGGGCCCGGGGCCCAGGAGGCGGCGGCGGCGGCCGCCGCUGCUGUGCCUGUGCCGGAGGUGAAGGGAGAAAAGGGAGACACCGCGGUGACCGUAGUCAAGCCCGGGUCGGAGCCCGAGGCAAUCGUCAAGCUUCUCGCCGAAGAGAAGGCCGUAGUUGAACCGGCCGAACCGCCGCCGCCGGUGUCACCGCCUCCAGGCGAGGCUCAGCCGCCACCUACCGAUAAGGUUCCCGAGCCCAAGGCAGAACCUCCGGCAGCUAAGGAGGAGAAACGGGAGGAGAAGGAAAAGGCAGAGGACGGAGUAGGGAAGGAGGAGGAGGAGGAAAAAGGGAAAGAGGAGGAAGGGGGCGAGAAGGAAGACGAAAGUAAGGAGGCCGAGGCCGGGCCGAGGGGCCUGGAGAAUGGCAACGAGGAGGACGAGAUCUCCUUCAGCGACCCCGAGGGCUUCGUGGACGACAUCAGUGAGGACGAAUUGCUGGGAGAUGUACUCAAAGAUAGACCACAGGAAGCUGAUGGAAUUGAUUCUGUGAUAGUGGUGGACAAUGUUCCUCAGGUAGGACCUGACCGGCUUGAGAAACUAAAGAAUGUCAUCCACAAGAUCUUCUCCAAAUUUGGGAAAAUAACCAAUGAUUAUUACCCAGAAGAAGAUGGAAAGACUAAAGGUUACAUUUUCCUGGAGUAUGUCUCUCCUGCUCAUGCCCUGGAUGCUGUUAAAAAUGCUGAUGGCUACAAGCUUGACAAACAGCACACAUUCAGAGUAAACCUUUUUACUGACUUUGACAAGUAUAUGACAAUCAGUGAUGAGUGGGACAUUCCAGAGAAGCAGCCUUUCAAAGAUUUGGGAAAUCUACGCUAUUGGCUGGAGGAGGCUGAAUGCAGAGAUCAAUAUAGUGUCAUCUUUGAAUCUGGGGACCGUACAUCCAUAUUCUGGAAUGAUGUGAAGGAUCCAGUCUCCAUUGAAGAAAGAGCGAGAUGGACAGAAACCUAUGUGCGCUGGUCCCCAAAAGGCACUUACUUGGCUACCUUCCAUCAAAGAGGAAUUGCUCUAUGGGGGGGAGAAAAAUUCAAACAAAUCCAGCGAUUCAGCCACCAGGGGGUGCAACUUAUUGACUUCUCACCUUGUGAAAGGUAUCUUGUGACGUUCAGCCCCCUAAUGGACACACAGGAUGACCCUCAGGCCAUAAUCAUAUGGGACAUCCUCACUGGACAGAAGAAACGAGGAUUUCAUUGUGAAAGCUCUGCCCAUUGGCCCAUUUUCAAGUGGAGUCAUGAUGGCAAAUUUUUUGCCCGAAUGACAAUGGAUACUCUCAGCAUCUAUGAGACUCCGUCUAUGGGCCUUUUGGAUAAGAAGAGUUUGAAAAUCCCUGGAAUAAAAGACUUUUCUUGGUCACCUGGUGGUAACAUAAUUGCUUUUUGGGUGCCGGAAGAUAAGGACAUUCCUGCCAGGGUGACCUUGAUGCAACUCCCCAGCAGACAAGAAAUCAGAGUUAGAAAUCUGUUUAAUGUUGUUGACUGCAAGCUACAUUGGCAAAAGAAUGGAGAUUACUUGUGUGUCAAAGUAGAUAGAACUCCAAAAGGUACCCAGGGUGUGGUAACCAACUUUGAAAUCUUCCGAAUGAGAGAAAAGCAGGUGCCUGUUGAUGUAGUAGAAAUGAAAGAAAGCAUAAUUGCCUUUGCUUGGGAACCCAAUGGAAGUAAGUUCGCUGUGCUACAUGGUGAAGCUCCUCGAAUAUCAGUUUCCUUCUAUCAUGUGAAAAACAAUGGAAAGAUUGAGCUUAUCAAAAUGUUUGAUAAACAGCAGGCAAACACAAUCUUUUGGAGUCCCCAAGGACAAUUUGUUGUUCUAGCUGGUCUGAGGAGCAUGAAUGGUGCCCUGGCAUUUGUUGAUACAUCAGAUUGUACCAUGAUGAAUAUUGCAGAACACUAUAUGGCUUCUGAUGUUGAGUGGGACCCUACAGGCCGUUAUGUUGUAACUUCUGUGUCUUGGUGGAGCCACAAGGUAGAUAAUGCCUACUGGCUGUGGACUUUCCAAGGACGUCUCCUUCAAAAGAAUAACAAGGAUCGUUUCUGCCAGUUACUGUGGAGGCCUCGACCCCCAACUCUGCUCAGCCAGGAUCAGAUAAAGCAAAUUAAAAAGGAUCUGAAGAGAUACUCCAAGAUUUUUGAACAGAAGGAUCGUUUGAGUCAAUCCAAAGCCUCAAAGGAAUUGGUAGAGAGGAGACGUACAAUGAUGGAAGAUUUUAGAAAAUACCGGAAAAUGGCUCAAGAGCUUUAUAUGGAGCAGAAAAAUGAGCGUCUGGAAUUACGAGGAGGGGUAGACACUGAUGAACUAGAUAGCAAUGUAGAUGAUUGGGAAGAAGAGACAAUUGAAUUUUUUGUCACUGAAGAAAUCAUUCCCCUUGGAAAUCAGGAGUAGUCUGAUAGGAUCGUGCAUUGCCAUAUCUCGUGCCAGGAGUGGAGUUCAUCCUUUUGCAGAAAGCCUACACAGCUCCUGAGUUAUUUGUGUUUUCUCUUGCUCUCUGGACAGUGGAUACACCUGGAUCCUUCCAUUCUGACACAUUUUGUGCCUUUAAACCCCGGUGUCUGCAUUGUGGGAGGUUUUAAGGCACUGCUUUUAAAUUCUUACUUUGGGGGAUUUUUAAAAAAAUCCAAAGCCACCAGUAUUUGCUACUCAGACUUUUACAAAAGCAGGGCUACUGGCAGGUAACUUUUGAUUACUACUCUCAGUAGCAUUUCGUAAGUGUAUCAUCCCCACAAUCACACAAUGUUGCCAUUCAAGGACUCUCUCUAUGUCCCAAGUGCAUGGACUGGUGUUUUUUUUGUCCUGGAAAAAAUCUGCAGGAAAACAGUGUAUCAUUCAUGUUUUAGUGUGCAGAAGAAGCACUACAGCGGGCUGUAUCCUCCACCUUUCAGAUUGUGAUAGGGUUUCUCAACAGGUUGAACAUGGAAAUAAAAAGCAGACGUAUGUUAAAAAGCUGUCUUUCUCAUCUCUUUUAAAUCUAGAAAACUACUUUAGACUUACUUCUACAAUCUCUUUGGAAGUGGAAAAUAUUUUCAAGGCAGAACUAUGUUGGCAUGUAGCAUUCUGAUUCUAUUAUUUUUACAUCAUUUUAAGGAGAAUGAAUGAUGAAACAACUUAGAAGUUAUGUACUUUAGGUAAGAGCUCUUCAGAAAGUUAUAGUACUGCAAGUGUUUGUCUAAAAUGCAUUAGUUAGACAAUUUUAGUUUUGUGGACAGUUCAAGUUUUCUCACUUGAUGAGCUCCUUAGAUUCAGUCUCAGAGACAUACAGACACUUGAUUGAUGCUUCAUCUUAAAAUUAUAGUUUUCUCUGAAUAUUUGCCACAUUCAUACUCAAGGGUUAAUGUGCAAACCUUUUCACUUUUUAAAUUGCCUUACUAAACCCAUCAUCACACAUACUCUCCUUGUCCAUUUUUGCCUCCGAUCCGAAGUUAGGAGUCAAGGGAGCUGUAAGACUGUGCUUGGUAGGGUUUGCCCAGAAUCAUCUCUAUGGCCAAGCACAGUUUACACUUAAGAAACAAAGUUCUUACUGGGAUGGAAAAAUGAUGGUAGGUUCACCAAGAACUAAAUAUUAUGUAUGGCACAAUAUAAAAGCAAAACAUCCUUGAGAUGAAACCUAUUGGUGUUGAAAGAUAUUUUGGGGGGUUCAUAAUGGACAAGUGUUCUCCUUUUUUGCCAGCUGCCCUUAAUCCUGUCUAAGGUGACCAGUAAUGUUUGUUACUACCUUGUGUACAACAGAAAGCAAUAAUGUCAGGUUGCUUUUAAGCUGUCCUACUUUCCUUGUGACCUACUACUUACAUAAGCCUUUAAGUACUUCUGGCAUCUACUGUUUCCUUUAUAAUUUUGUGAUUAUCCUAAAUUCUCAUAACUGCAAUGAAUAUUCUGAUCCUAUUUAGUUAGUCUUAUUGCUACUUUAGGGUGCAUAUUUCAUAGUUUCUCAGGUGGCCCUUUUCGCAUUUUUUAGAUCUCAGUAUGCCAGUACAUAAUUAGUUUCUUGAGCAUUUCUGGAGAACAAAUGGCAUGUUGUCUGAUAACUGAUGGAUUUUUAAAAGGGCUGUUCCAAGAUUAGCUUUUGAUGUUUUUUAACUUCAUAGUUGUAAUUGUUUUACAUAAUUUAUAUAAAUAAAGAAUUUCUGAAAUA